CGUUCUUCUCCUCUGUCCGGAGAUCCUCUCUCUAUCCACGGGUGGCCGAUCCCAGAAACCCUAAAUUCUCUGUUUUCCCGAUCUCUUCCGCCAUGGAUUUCCGCGGCGUUGCGAAGAUUAAUUUUCUGAUGUUGAUAUCCUUUCUCUGCCUUCAAGCCAGGGCUGAGAGUAGCCGUUCGGUCUUCUUUCUUGAUGGUUCUUCUCAAAGAUAUAUUCGGAAUCGGCCAUUGGAUGCCGCAGGCGAGACCGAUUCAAUGUCAUUAUAUGAAGUUGCAGCGGCUACAUCAGUCUUACUUGGUUUUGCACCACCUUCUUCGCUUCCUGCUGAUUCUUCAUAUAAGUUAAAUGAGGUUCUAUCCCCCAACCCUUUUGAUAGGCCUCAGGCUGUUAUGAUUCUAGAAGUUAGGGGAGUUAAGGGGCCAUUGCUGCCUGCUGACUAUUUAAAUUUCCAAGGGAGUACACUCUUUAGAAGUAGGGUUAUUGGUUCAAGUAAAGCUGAAAUUCGACUUCCAGGUGAGGAUGAAGUUUCUGUUGUUACUUUAGAUGAACCUUUAGAUGAUGAGUGUAAUGCUGCUUGUGUUGAUAAGGAGCUCAGCAAUCUUGCACACUGGCUGAGGGGGUCAUAUCUUGGUUCUAUCAAGUCCCUAGAUGGGGAAUUGAGUGUUCCUUUGCCAAGUGGUAGCACUUUAAAGCUGCAUCUUUCAAAGAAAACGGACCUGCAUUUUGCGUCUAGUCUUGUAUCCCUGUUUAGAAGUAUCAAGAAGGUAGUGGAGAUUCAUGAAGAUUUGGCUGGUAGCAGUGUGAACCCUGCAGAAUUGUUGAUAGGCCGUUUCACAGGCAUUGAGGUGCUGGAAGAAGAAUAUGGUCCAGAAGAGAUUACUCAGCAGGGAGUACAGUUGUUCCAGACGACUCUUGCCAAGUUGUUUGAUUUGCUACAAACGGCUUACGGAGGGAAAAUUGUCCUAAUUAUCAUGUCAAAUGAGGAGCCCUCUUCCCACUCAGGAGCGAUGCUAGAUGUGACUUUUUCUGCACGGAUUUCACGAUGGUUAAAAGAAGAAAGCACAACUAAUGCAACUUCAGAGGUGUUACUGGUCAGGCGAAGUUUGGCCUGGAUAACUGGAAUUAUCCUGCUCGUGUCAACUAUUAUUGGGGUCUACCUUCUACUGAACAUGUCGCUUACAAGGGACACCCUCCUUUAUUCCAAUGUCAAGCUUGAUUGAUUACAAUAAUAGGACUGGAGCUCUGGAAGCAGCGUACAACAGGUUUUUGGGCCACGCUGUGAGUGAGGUUCUUGGGGCCUGGCCAUGCAGAAAUAGACAAACAUUAUCCUAUCGUGAAUUUUACUCUUAUGUCUGUUGCUAAAUGACCACUGACUGUAAUGUUCGAGUCAAUGUUGUAUUUAGAUUUUAGAGACAGUGCUUGCAUGAUUGCAUGUGGGACAGAUUUGGAAUAUUUUGAGCAAUUGCAGCUAUAAUAGACCCAUUCUGUAAACAUGCUGUCAUUUGCUCAUUUGUAUUUUUCUUGAUAAUAAAUUUUCAGGAAAUUCCAUUUUUUUUGGCAAUAAGGAUA